GGAGGUGCAGAAAGCAGUGAACACCGCCCAGGGGCUCUUCCAGAGGUGGACGGAGCUCUUGCAAGAUCCCUCCAUCGCCACAAGAGAAGAAAUUGACUGGACCACUAAUGAGCUCAGGAAUAACCUGCGGAGCAUUGAGUGGGACCUGGAAGACUUGGAUGAAACAAUUAGCAUUGUUGAGGCAAACCCACGGAAAUUCAACCUCGAUGCGACAGAGCUGGGUAUCAGGAAAGCCUUCAUCACGAGCACACGGCAGGUGGUCAGGGAAAUGAAGGAUCAGAUGUCGAACUCCUCCAUGCAAGCACUGGCUGAAAGGAAAACCAGGCAGGCGCUCCUGGGAGAAAGUGGGAGUCAGAGUUGGAGCUCUGGACCUGACAAAUACAGCCGUCUGGACCGGGAGCUGCAAUUAGCAAAUUCACACUUCAUCGAGGAGCAGCAAGCUCAACAACAGUUGAUUGUGGAGCAGCAAGAUGAGCAGUUGGAGCUGGUCUCUGGCAGCAUCGGGGUGCUGAAGAACAUGUCCCAGCGCAUUGGCGGGGAGCUGGAGGAGCAAGCAGUGAUGCUGGAUGACUUCUCCCACGAAUUAGACAGCACUCAGUCGCGGCUUGAUAAUGUCAUGAAGAAGCUUGCCAAAGUGUCUCACAUGACGAGUGAUCGACGGCAGUGGUGUGCAAUUAUCGUCCUCUUCGUCAUCUUGCUGGUGGUGCUCAUCCUGUUUUUCGUCCUGUGAUGGACUGAACUUCCUUGGACGCCCCCCUCCCCGCCCCCUCGCCUCCCGUAGCA